CCUGUGGAAUGCCUUCAAUGGAGCCAGAUUUUGACGAGCCAUCAGAAUCAUUACAAGCCGCUCUAAGUGUCAUGAACCCUGCCUCCUUCAGUAACUUGGAGGAUUUGGGAAUGACGUCAGAUGACUCGCCCCAUGCUGGAGAAGAUAGUACUGUGGAGCGAGAAGAGGGUGCCAGGGAUAAUGGAAGUGGGGGCGAAAAAUGCAGUGUGUGACAGUGAAGAAGACAAUGCACUGUCAGAGAGCGCAUCUAGUCCUCAAGGUGUUAGCGGACUAGUAGGAGGGUCACCAUCAAAAGGGGCACGAACAGCAAGGAGUAUGCUGCCAACAGAGACACACCAACCGCUUGUAUCACUGAUGAACAAGGAGAUCCGGUCAGGUGACACGUCUUGGAAGCAGUGUGGAAAUUGGGGGUCAGGAAACAGAAGCCAAUCUCUUUGAGAAGGCUGUUAUCCGAAGGAGACGGCCGCCCAAGCCACAAAGAAUAACGGCACCCUCGAAGAGGAACAUCCCUGAGGCAACCAUCAUUUGCCAAGAGUGUGGGAAGAGUUUUAUCUAUCCAUCUCAGCUGGAAAAUCACCUCCGCAUUCACACAGGAGAGAAACCUUUCAAGUGCUCUGAGUGUGGCAGGGCCUUCAGGUCCUUAGGAUACAUGACCACUCAUGUGAAAAAUCACUCUGAAGCGCGGCCAUUUAAGUGUGAUGAGUGUGACAAGGGCUUUCGGAAAAAGGCUGACCUGAAGAAGCAUCAGCUCAUCCACAUGGGUGCGAAACCACACAAAUGCACCAUCUGCGGAAAAGGCUUCAGCCAAGCAUUCUAUUGCAGAAUACACAUCCAGUCUCAUGCAAGUGAAAAUAACUUUCCCUGCACUCAUUGUCAGAAGAGAUUCCCAACCCAAUACAAGCUUUCUGUCCACGAGCGCUGGCACACCACGGAGCGCCCGUUCAUCUGUGAGCAGUGUGGGAUGCACUUCUUUCAUCCCAGUGGGCUGAAGAGGCACAUGGGCUAUCACAUUGGGAACCGCCCGUUCCUGUGUGCCCAGUGUGGAAAGACUUUUGUUUAUGAGUUUGACCUGAAGAAACACCAAAGGGACCAUGGCCCCAAGCCCAAGAUCCCAUGCCCUGUCUGCCAGAAGGUGUUUGGCAGCAACGGACUCAUUAAGGCCCACAUGUUUACGCACACCUCUGUAAAACCUUACAGAUGUGACAUAUGCGACAAGACCUUUAAACAGAGCAGCAGCUUGAGCAGUCACAAACGUCUGCACACGGGUGAACGCCCUUACCACUGCGACAUGUGUGGGAAGACGUACAAGCUGAAUCAGCACCUGAAGGAGCACAUAAUUAUCCACCACACGGCGGAGGGGCACCCCUGUGACCAGUGUGGAAAGGUCUUCAAGUUACCACGUCUUCUGAAGGCACAUGAGCGGUUGCACUCAGGAGAGCGAUCUGAGCAGACAAGGAAAUACAGUCACACCAGCCGUCGCAGGAGACAUUCCUCCAAAAUGAGUUGAUUUUCUGCACAGUGGCUGCCUUCCACACACACAAUGACUGGAAUGCUAGUUUUAUUGUUCUGACACAAGUUUAACUUUGUCAAAAAAUCCAAUGCCAUUGGCUGUAAUCAUGUCCUCAUUUUCUUUUUGUGAACUUGACCAUUUUGGACUAUAAUCCAGGAUUCCCUCGACUGAACAUUGACAAAUGGUAGAAUGUCUGGCUUAAUUCAUACAGAAAAAAACAUGUCCUGUUAGAUAACAAUUAAUGAUUGUGUCAUUAAAACAUAUUUGUUUGUGAUGCUUUUUUUUUUGGAUAGGUUAUUGAAAUUCCAAUGACAUAAGUGGUACAUUGACAGCUACUCAUUAAUUUCUCUUUUUGAGAGUAGUCAAUGGUUGCUGGAAGCCUUUACAAAAAAUAUGCACAACAUUUGGUGUGGAUAAAGGCAAAUAAAGUCACAAUUAUGUACCACUACUCAUUGUUUGUCUGUUUUAGUUGAAAACAUUCACAGCAAGGGAAACCUAGUAUUUGCUAGAAUGGUCCUGUGCGAUUACUUUUUAUAUUACAUUUAAAGUGUUUUAAGCCACAAAAGUUAAUUAAUAAAGAUUCAUACUUAUCCAGAUA